GUAUAAGUAGACGUUCCGUGUUAAACUCAAUCACACAACCCAAACCCAAACAAACCCUAAUUUCAAUUCUUUAUAAACUCUCACACAAACCUCAAUUUCACUUCGAUUCGAUCCGAUCAUCCAUUAUUCUUUCAUCUUUCAUCUUUCAUCAGAUUUUUUCAUCACUCUUUCAAUUUAAUCAUGUCUAAGGCUUCCUUCAAGACUCAACAUCCUUUCGAAAGAAGACAGGCUGAAUCUUCUCGCAUCAGAGAGAAGUAUCCUGAUAGAGUACCUGUGAUUGUGGAGAAAGCUGGAAGAAGUGACAUUGCUGACAUUGAUAAGAAGAAGUAUCUUGUCCCAGCUGACUUGUCUGUUGGUCAAUUUGUUUAUGUUGUCCGGAAAAGAAUUAAGCUCAGUGCAGAGAAGGCUAUUUUUGUUUUCAUUGAAAACACUCUACCUCCAACUGCUGCUCUGAUGUCUGCCCUUUAUGAGGAACACAAGGAUGAGGAUGGCUUUCUUUACAUGACUUACAGUGGAGAGAACACCUUUGGUUCCUCCCACUAGGCAUAAUUUGAGAUAACUUUCUUUCUGUAAAUAGCUCCCAUUUAAGCAGUCCAUUGUCAAAUACAUGGCAAAUGCGUAUUGUGAUCCUACUCUUUGAUUUACUUUCGUAAUCUUCAGCUAUGAAUUUCAAAUUUUUAAUCGAUGAAUUUAGAUUUUGGUUAAUGCA